AAGGAGAAGGGAAGAAGCAGAAGAAGCUGGCGGGGGCCGGGACGAGGCCCUGAGGGGUGCGGGAGUGACCUGGGGCCCGACCCCUGGCCGCAAGCACGCCCCAUGCCAGCCUCCCAGCCCGGCAGGCGCCCCGGCCCCUGCCCUCCGGCCCUCGGCGCGGGCCCUGCAGCCGUGGCGGAGCGCGGCGAGACCCCGACCUGAGCCGGGCUCGGCGCCGCCCCAGCGCGGCACAGCUCUCCGAGCAGCGUCCCCGGACCAUGGAAGAGAAAAGCAUGCUGUGUGACUUCUUUGAAGAUGAGAACCUUAACAGUUCCAGGGAGGAGAGCACUGAAGGUGAUGUGAAGACAUUUUGGACACAAUUGGGAGCUAGAAGAGUGGAUGUCAUAUUUGAGCAGCUGCAAAAUGUGCUAUCGUUGCUGAAGGAAAAGAUCAAGAAUGGAACUGCAACAAACCAAGAGUGCUGGCAGGCUUGGGCACUGGUGAAUGAAGCUAAUCUAGGUGAUCUCUUAACCUUGGCAAAUGUAAGCGAUGAGUUGAAUGGAGAUGGUGCACAGGAAACCAAACCCAAAUUGCAGCCUCUUCUUCCAGAUGACAAUGCUGCAGACACUGUAGAAGCUUCUGAGAGCAAAAAAGAGGAUAUGGAAAGAACUUGCUCAGGGAGUAAAGAAGCAUCUGGCAAAAUUCUAGGUUUACCUUCAAAUGGGCAGUAUCAGAACCACAAGUGUUCUAGUGCAUGUCUUGCCAACAGAGCAGUGGAUUCCUACAAGGGUGAAAAUCCUCUGAAGAUCCCAAUGCUGUUUGACUUUCAAAGACGCCAUGCAAAAGCAGACUGCCUUUCGAAGCCACUGGAUGUGAAUUACAAAGCUCCUUGUGGUCGGAGUCUGAGAAGCUUUCGAGAUGUGCGAAAUUACUUGUUUGAAACAGAGUGCAAGUUCUUAUUUGUUGAUCACUUCUCCUUCAACACGUAUGUGCUGUUGGGCAGGAACACCAUGAAUCCUGAGCCCCUCGUGUUUGAGUUUGAUAUUAGCAACGGAGCUGAGUCUGUGCCCAUCUCCUUCUGUAACAAUCUCGACCAUGCAAGAUUGCCUUAUUUCAAGUAUCGGAAGUCGUCGUGGCCACGUGGAUAUUAUCUCAACAAUCUCUCCAGCCUGUUUGUUGAUUCCUGUGACUGCACAGAUGGCUGCAUCGAUAGGUCAAAAUGUGCAUGCCUACAGCUGACAGCAAGAGGCUGUAGUAAAAUUUCUCUGUCUCCAGGUAGUAAAAGAUCUUGUGGAUACCAUUACAAAAGACUGGAGGGACCUGUUUCUAGUGGGAUUUAUGAGUGUAGUGUGUUGUGCAGAUGUGACAAGCUGAUGUGUCAGAACAGAGUUGUACAGCAUGGCAUUCAAGUCAGGCUGCAAGUGUUCAACACGGAAAAGAAGGGCUGGGGUGUCCGCUGCCUGGAUGACAUUGACAAGGGGACAUUUGUUUGUACUUACUCAGGUAGAUUAAUGAGCAGAGCUGAAGUACUGGGAGAUGCUGAGCAAGAGCUGAAGGAGAAAAAUGCAGUGAAUGAUGGAGGCCAUGACUUUUCUUCCAAAAAAAGAAAACUUGACCUUGAUAGUUCAGACUCAGUGAUUGAACUAGUGCAGACUGACAAAAAUGACAUUCUUGAGAAUCAGGAAUCAUUGUCUCAGUCUGCGGAUAAUGAAAAUAAAUCAACCCUGGUUCAUCUAAAGAACUCAAGUAAUCCAACUAUGAGAAAUCCUGGAACCAAAACACUUGUUUUUCGCAAUCACCAGCUAAAAAUGGUAGUACACAGUGCCAGCUCAGAUGGAGAUGAUAGCUCCCAGAUUCAUCAGUCAAGCAAAACAAAACUAACCAGUGGAACAAAGAAAGGAAAAGAAAAAUCUAUGCAGCAGCAGAAGGAAGAACAUCUGAUGGAAAUUGGACAGACUGACUCUGCUGGUGUAGAGAGUGCUGGAUGCAGAAGAAAGAGUCUGCUACUGCAGGGUUUUGAUUGUGGCAAGUCCGGUGUGCUGGAUGACACAUGUGAUGUGAGGCCAUCCAACAAUGCACCCCUAAAAGCUGACUGCAAAGAAAAUAGCAGGCAGCCAAAACAAGAUGCACUUUGUGAGGAGUCUGAUGGUGAUGGGAUGCUUCCCAAGAAUGCUAAUGAAGAAAGUAUUUAUGUACUGGAUGCCACAAAAGAAGGAAAUGUGGGUCGUUUUCUAAAUCACAGCUGUUGCCCAAACCUCUUUGCACAAAGUGUGUUUGUAGAAACUCACAACAGAAGUUUUCCAUGGGUGGCAUUCUUCACAAACAGACAUGUGAAAGCUGGAACCGAACUCACAUGGGAUUAUGGAUAUGAAGCUGGAAGCAUGCCAGAAACAGAGAUUUCCUGUCACUGUGGAGUUCAGAAGUGCAGGAAAAAAACCUUAUAGGCAAAGCUUUCCUACUGUCAGUACAUCUUGUACCUGGGAUUUAUAUGCUGGAAGGGAUGACUACUCAGCAAACAGCCCUCAAGUCUGUGGUGCUAAUUGCAUUCAACUAAAAUGCCUUUCACCUGAUGAUUUUUUAAAUUUACAUUUAAAUGUCACUUUAGUAGUUUACAGAAUUAGAACUGUUUGUCCAAAGAACAGGCAUCAUACUUUUCCGAGGUAAUUUCUGUUCUCCUGGUCUUCCUCCUCUUCUAAUCCACAAGCAAAGUUCAUAGUGCACUGGAAGAAUUUGUGCUCCAUGCCAUCUGCAGCAGAGACAUGACUGAUGAGAGCAGCAGUUCCUUGGUGCUUUCUGUGUCCCUCCACAGUGCCGAGUUAGCAAAACUCAGGUUUCUGAAAUUCAUUAUGGAUGCAAGACUGCCUGUCUGGGCACUGGGAAUUGUUUCAAUACACCUAAGCCUGUUGCAUCCAGUGGGACAAAUAGCCCUGGACAGAGACAGCAUUAAACAGAACAGUUCUGCAGAGCUGUGUUUCUGCUACAAAAUGAGCUGGACAAGUCCUGCUGCAGCAGGAGCAAAAUGACUGGGUUUUGUUGGAUUGCACUCCUCUCCACAUUUGUGACGCACAGAGAAAUCCUUGAGAAAUCCAGUGUGCCUCAUCUCAGUGCCAUAUUGUGUAUGGGGCAGGUUGGCCACAGAAUUCCUUACCACGUGGUUUGUGGGUAAGAGAGAAACAAGCUACACUAGACCUGGAGUGCAGAUGCAGGAGGUGUCUCUGAAAUGGAGUAAGGGAUGGAUGUGCAAGUGCAUGGCUUUUGAACGUGUUGGAGCCUUGGGCAAGCAAGGAGGUGGCACAGUUUGCUUUGGACACUUCAAGCUUAAAAAUCAUGGAGUUAUACUGCAACAGAGGAUGCUUUUGGGUUUUUCAAAUUUCAUCAUGCAUAAGCAGUUUCAGCCUGUUAAAAGUGGACCUUUCACAGAGAUAACAGACCUGUGAACCAUUCUGCUUACAGUGAAACCUCAGAUAUUCUCUCCCUCAGCUGUUUGAGAGUUUGACACACCCUGCAAGCAAACCUCUCCUCAGCUUUGGUCCCUGUCAUCGCAGUCUGGGUUUGUGUGGGCUUUCACUACCCAUCUUCCAGGAUAAAUGCUGUAUCCCAGUGUUAGUGCAGUACCUCUUCAGAAGGUCAAAGCCACCCACUCUUGCCCUGAUCAGCCCCUCUGUCACUGCAGCCCCGGUGUGAGCUGAAGACAGCACUCAGCUGAAUUGCUUUUUGCUUCAUUGAAGAUCUGUCUCUACUCAGAGGGAAUAUGCCUUGGGGUAUCGUCUUUCAGUAUUAACCAGAGCCAUGGCAAAGUGUAUGACAAAACCCACAGAACUACAUGGCUUGAUAGAGCAGCAAUUUGGAGGAAGAGCUUGCAAGGGUUUUGGACUUGAUUUUCCUCCACAGAGAAUUUUUCCUGUGUUGAACAGACUUCACUUAGGAAGAUUUUACUAGUUUAAGAUUUAUGCACCUGUGGGUACUUGCAUCAUGUUGACUAAUUUGAGUAUAAUCUAGGUAAUAGAUCUGGGAAUUGGGAUUGUAUAGCGGUAUUUGGCUAAUAGAUAUAAUCUAAUUGCAAGCCUAGACAUGGGUUGAUUUUAGCUCCGAUAUGCUGCAUCUGGGCAGGUGCAAAGGAAUUCGGGGAACCAACUGGAAUGAUGCCAGCAGUGCUGAAAAGCCAAAGCUGGCCUAGCUGGUAAAGAGAACUGAUCUUAAAAGCUCCAUGUUGUGUUUGGUGUAGCCUCUUGAUGAGCCAGAUUAUGCCUGUUAAUGUGGCUGAGCUUCCUGGAGGAGGUUCAACAAUACCAAGUGCCAGGUCCUGUACUUGGGUCACAACAACCCCAGGCAGCCCUACAAGCUGGGGGAAGUGUCUGGAAGGAUGCCCAGCAGAAAAGGACCUGGGAGCGUUGGUGGACAGCAGCUAAACAUGAGUGUGCCCAGGUGGCCAAGAAGGCCAGUGGCAUCCUGGCCUGUGUGAGAAACUAAGCCCACUCCUCCAAAUUUUGAGACUUUAAUAAGGGAUAAUAAGGGACAGAUCAACGAAGCAAAAGUAACAGCACAACUGUGUGUGUGGCAACAGCCAAAAGCGCACCCAAA